AUGCUAUCAUUCUUCCGCACAUGUCCACUGCUGUCAUUUGUCCACUGCUGUCAUUCGUCCACUGCUGUCAUUCGUCCACUGCUGUCAUUCGUCCACUGCUGUCAUUCGUCCACUGCUGUCAUUUGUCCACUGCUGUCAUUCGUCCACUGCUGUCAUUCGUCCACUGCUGUCAUUCGUCCACUGCUGUCAUUCGUCCACUGCUGUCAUUUGUCCACUGCUGUCAUUCGUCCACUGCUUGGUAUCUAUCUAUCUAUCUAUCUAUCUAUCUAUCUAUCUAUCUAUCUAUUUCUUUAUAUUAAUCUGUAUAUGACCCCGAAUAUUAAAACAAAUCUAUCUAUCUAUCUAUCUAUCUAUCUAUCUAUCUAUCUUGUUUCUUUCAUUCUCUGUGGAGUAUUUUCCAGUAACAAUCUCAGGUGGCGACCGAUCCGUUUGAAAACCAGCAAGAUAUUCAUUGGACAAGUAGACGUUCCGCAACAAGUCUCUAUUCAGUUUGCCCAUUGUAUCUCUUAUUUUUCCUAUUUACUUUCUUUUUUUUGCUCUAUUUUCUUUGUCUAUUUCCUCUCUUCCCCUUUGAAGAUAUUCUCUCUCUACUUUUUCCCACAUCCGGUGAAAAAGGGGUCAACUUGUCUACUAUGA